AUGCGGAAAUUACUUGACUUGCUUGUGUGCAAACUUGCUUUAUCGGUUAGCAGAGAUGGCUGUGAAGGGUCACAUGAACACGACAAGACGGAGCACAUUUGUGGACGUCCAUUAGGCUUAUGUUUCAACCAAACGAGUGGUGAUCUUUACAUUGCUGAUGCUUAUAUGGGGCUACUCAUUGUCGGCCCUCAAGGUGGCUUGGCUACUGAGGUUGUAACACGUGCACAUGGCAUUCCAUUUGGGUUUACAAAUGCCUUGGACAUUGAUCAAGAACUGGGAGCAGUGUAUUUCACAGAUAGCAGUUCACAAUAUCAGAGAAGGAAUUACAUCUCUGUGAUACUAAGUGGGGAUAAAACUGGAAGGCUAAUGAAAUAUGACCCAGAAAGCAAACAAGUGCAAGUUCUUCUUGAAAACCUCUCAUUUCCAAAUGGGGUGGCAUUGAGCAAAAAUGGAGACUUCAUUCUACUGGCAGAGACCAGACAUUGCAGGAUUAUGAGGUAUUGGUUAAAAACACCGAAAGCCGGAACUUUCCAAGUGUUUGCUCAACUUCCAGGAUUUCCAGACAACAUUAGAAGGAGCCCCAGAGGGGGUUUUUGGGUGGGGAUUCAUUCAAGAAUACUGUGGAUUUUGAAAUUGAUUCUUUCAUACCCUUCCUUAGGAAAUGCACUGCUUAAGCUUCCUUUGGACAUUACGAAAGCUUAUUCUUACGUGGCGAAAUGGACAGGGAGCGGAUUGAUAAUCAGGUUGAGUGAGCAAGGUGUUAUAUUGGAAAUGCUUGAAGACACAAGUGGAAAUAGAUGGAAGUCUGUUAGUGAAGUGGUGGAGAAAGAUGAAACUCUUUGGAUUGGAUCAGUUAAAAUGCCAUUUGCAGGAAAAUAUAAAAUUUAA